AUGGGUGAAACGUGGUGGGCUUCGCUGCAACAGCUUUUCUCUUUUGCGAAUCAGUCCCCACUUUGUCUGGAUGGAGAAUGUUCCUGUUUUGACUUGAAGAUUGACAGAGCUUCGGCAGUUUUCUGUUCAGAGGAUGUCUUGGUUCGAGCCACGAUACUUCAGCAUCUGCAGACGGUAUUGGACUCAGGCGACGUUGUACCUGUUCAGGUUGAUCAUCCCUGCCGAAAGGCGGUGCUACGGCUGAGGUCAGCCGACUGGGCCACACUAGGUGCACAUUGUGAUUUCAUUCGGGCCCUGUGGACGCAGGUCAGGGUUUCUGGGGAGGUAGUCAUUCUGGACACCACAGUUGGUGCUGCUUUUCUGGCAGGGGAUGUUUGUCUACGUGACGACACUACUUUGCAGAUUGCUGAAAUAUUCUGUGGUGGUUUUGCAGGGUGGACACAGGCUGCAUGGCAAGUGCAUGCUACAGGCCACCCAGUCCGUGCUGCGUGGUUGUUGGACCUUGAGGAUGCGGUCCAGGCCCCACUGGAGCAUCUCAUUCCGGAUUUGUCCACGGUUGCUAGUGCAAGUGAACUGCAAGCAUGUGCUGAUCAUACAAGCCCGCUGUUGCUACUUGCCAACUUUGAGCACACAUGGUGGCAUCGUGUCUGGGCCAGCAUGCCGCCGGACAUUGUCGCGGCAUCCCCGCCUUGUCAGCCUUGGAGCUCGGCGGGCAGCCAGAGCGGCCUAAGUAGCCCCGAUGGUCGGUUGAUUCUUCUUCUGAUUUCGGUCCUCCAGGUUGUUCGGAUCCCGGUGGUUUGCCUUGAGGAGGUCCCGGGUUUCUGCCAGCACCAGGACUUCCCUGUCAUCAUGUCAGCUUGGGAGGCUUCAGGUUACACUUGUGUAUAUCGUGAGGAGGUGCAGCUUGCGGAGGUUGCGCCCACCUGGCGCAAACGGUGCCUUAUGAUUUUUGUGCACAAGGUGCGGUUGCCUGAGGCAACAUCCGUCCUCACAGCGCAGCAUUGGUGGCCUGUUGGUCGGCCCUCUUUGUUUGGGUUGCGCGCCUACUUCAAGGUGCUGCCUGCUGACAUCCUUCGUCAUUGUGUCAUUGCUGAAGACGUGCUUCAACAGUACCUUGAUCCGUGGUUCUUGCCGCCGGGUGUGCCGCAUUGCGGUGAAGCUGCCCGCAAGUUCCGGCUGUGCACGCCGUCCCAGCAGGCGCGCACCUUCAUGGCUGCCUAUCACCGGCAGCACUUGCUGCCCCCGGGCAUGUUGGAAAAGCGCGGGCUCCUUUGCAGUUUGCUGCAGGUCAAUGACACCAUCCGAUACUUUGCUGCCCCAGAGAUUGCCUCCUGUCACGGAGCCCAACGCCAGCACCUCUUUGUUAAGGAUGAUGCCAUGUGCAUGCAAAUUCUUGGUAAUGGCCUCGCGGUGCAUCAGGCUGCCCUAGCCUUGGCCCAUGCGGUGAAAUGCUUUCCUGGCUACGCUGACGUGAGCCCAGCGGCAGUUGUCCAGAAGGUUGUGGCUGAGCGCCUGACCUCUGUCAACUCCGCCCUUUUCCGCCUGCCGACAGGGUGGUUGCUGGUGCGUUUCGACUUGGUAGGUGUCGCCCUUGCUUCGGAUAGCCUGCGUCACAGGAUCGAGGCCCGGAUGUGCAGUCGUGGCCAAGUUUUCCAUGCACUUCAGCUCGGCGAGGGUGCAAACGCCAGGGACUUUCAGGUUGUGCAGGUCCUCCGGUUUUCGUCGCACCUGACGGUGCGUGACGCCUGUCAGGCACUUGAGCUGCCCUCUGGCGUCCCGCCUUCUGUCGUUGAGGGUUCCCAAGGCAGGGUUUUUCGGGUUACCGUUGCUGAGCUGCCUCGUGCCGACUUUCAUGUUGGGCAUAACCACCAGCAGCGUUGCGGAUGUGUGCACCGGGUAUACACGGCUGCUGGUCAGUUCCUGCUCCAGCCGAGCGUGCCAGACUUCUUUCAUCAGCUGAAGUUUGUGUUUGACCAGGUUGAGGCCUGCCGUGUCUGCACUAAGGAUGACGGCCUGCUGCUGUGCAUCGACCCCGAAUGUGCUUUUGAGUGGGCUAUGCAGGCCCAGCCAUGUGCUGAAGGUGCUUGUGCAGCCAUUGAAACAAUCAGGCAGUACCUGCGGGACCUGCUCUUCCUGGCCCAGUUUGUUGAUGCAACGCCUGCCCAGGUUGGCCCCUUUGUGCUGCAGGUUGGCACACGCACUCUUCGAGUUGCAAAACUGCCGGCUGACCUGACGCCGCGCCUUCUUGAAGCAGCCUGGCGACGUGCCAGUGCAGCCACAGGUUGUUGGCCAGGUGCUCAGGCCUUUUCUGGCCCCCGUCGACUCCCUUUUGAGGCUACGUUGAUUUCGCUCACUGCCCAGGGUGCCUUCCACAAGCAGGCCUCUGCAGACCUCCCGGUCAUCACCAUCCACCCGGAGUGCCGCGGUGGUGGCGUGAAGGAUGAAAACCUGCAACUUGCAAAAACCAAGCUCGGUACACUCUUGAUUGAGCGAGGGGUGACAUUGUCGCAAGCCAAUGUUGCGGUCGAUUCUUUUGUUGCUGCGGUCGGCGCUACUGCGAGCUUGGCGUCGCUGUCCUUGCCAAACCCGGUGGAUCGGUGGCAGAAGCUGUGUGCCCAGGCGCGGUCGGUCGGCCAAACGGAGCGUGCUGCCCAGCGCAUUCAAAAGGCCGUCCGUCGACGCCGCUUGAGCAGCUCCAAACCUGUUGUUGCUGCUGAUUUCCAGCUCAUUGAGGGCACCUGGUGUGGCAUUGAUGACAGCCCGGUGCCAGUGCUUGACACCAUCACUUCGGAGAGCUCAGGGGUCAUUCUGAUGGACCCAGGCCAGGCAAACCCCCAGGACAUCGGUCUGUUGUGUAACCUCGGGGCGGAGGCCUUGUGUGUUGUCGUGCCAGGGUUUGAUUGCCCGGACCCUGAAACCUGUAGUGGCCGGGCCAGCACGCCUGUCUUGCGUCGGGCUACCGGGGGCAAACACUUGAUUGCCGUGUGCUACCACAACCUCGGCGACACCGCCAUCUCCCCCUUUGUUCAGCAUGGUUCUCAGGUUGAGAUUUCAGGGGUGGUUUGUUGCACCUUUUGCAUGCACCGGGACGAGUGUCCGUCCACUGAGAUGUGGCAUGAAACGGUUCAGGCUCCCGUGCGCUCUGUCGCCCAGCUCUUUAAGGCCAAGGGUGUCCAAAGCCCGUUCUCCCACCCAUGGGGCCGAUCCUACCGGUCUGCUGGACGCCCCAGCCAAGCGCUGCACUGUGAUGUCUUUCAGUUUCAGGCCAAGGUUGAGGAGGAUGUGCUCGCACCACUGCUUAAGCAAAGUGGCUUUAACAGGGUCUACGUGACGCCCCGUGGCUGGAACCGUGAAGUCCUUCAAGGAUGGUCUGUCAUCUGGUUGUCCUCUAGUAAACACGACCUGGAGCGCCAGGCGGCCCUGUUACCCGAGCAGCAUGGAUUGGUGCGAGGCAAGAGCCGAUUCGGCAUCCGAGUGCCCACUUCUUCUUUCGCACGGCUGUUUCAGCAGUUGCGCCCAGGUGAUGCCGUCCCUGAGUCUUUUGAUGUCAAAGCCCUCUUCAAAGUCGGCCCCAUCCCGCCAGGGGCCACCGCUGAUACGGUCCUUCAGUGGGCUCGAAAACUGCACUGGCAAAUCCGCGUCAUCAAAACCUUGGGCCCUUCCUUCUGGCUGGUGGGCUCGCCCGGAGCCCCUCCGUCGGAGACGCUUACUUUCAACCAGCAGCCGGUCUUGGUGUCCCCUGUCAAGGGCCGUGAGGUGCAUCAGGCAGUCGUGCAGGCUGGUGGCCCGCUCCCGUCACGUCGGCAAGGGGCUACCACUCCAGUUGACCCGUGGCUGAGCUCUGACCCGUGGAGUGCCUACCUUGCUGCCAAGACGGACGGCCAACACCCGCCAGGACCGUCUAUGCCCGUUGCCCCGCUACCACCGAGCCGCACUGUUGAUCCACAGGUGCAGUCGCAGCUACAUGCUCAGGAGCACCGGCUGAAUGAAUUAGAGCAGCACUUGCGUGGCCUCCGUGAGGGCCAGGUUGCUGCCGAUCAUGAGCGAGCUGCUGACAAGCAGCAGUUGCAGCAGGAGAUUGCAGGUGUUCGAGGUGAGGUCCAAUGCUUGGGUGCUGGCCUGCAGCAACAGUUGCAGGCCCAACUUGAUAGCCUUGGGGCUGCCCAGAGAAGCCAGGAGCAACAGAUGAAUGCCGGCCUUAAUGAUCUCAAGCAGCUCAUCCUGUCCCAGACAGACCAGCGCAAAGCUCGGCGGCUCCCUGGGGCUGAGAGCGAACUGUGA